AUGGGUCGACGAAAAAUCGAGAUCAAAGCGAUCAAGGAUGAUCGCAACCGAUCAGUUACCUUUCUGAAACGAAAGGGCGGUCUCUUCAAGAAGGCGCAUGAGCUCGCUGUAUUAUGUUCGGUAGACGUCGCCGUCAUCAUUUUUGGUCAUAACAAGAAGCUGUACGAGUUUUCAUCAUGUGAUAUGCGAGAGACCCUGGGUCGAUAUCAAUACUAUGGCCCUCCACACGAACACAAAGGCCCGGAGGAUUUCACAGGCAAACGGGACGACGAUGACGAUGAAGAUGAGACUACUCCCGCCCCGGAGGAGAUGCAACCUACAAGUCAAAACCAUCCCCCCAUGGUUCCUACUCACAUCCCCAGUCAUCCCGGGUUUCAACAUGUCAAUCAUGCACCGUCCGCCUCUCCACCAAUUUCCAAUGGAAUUCCGUUUGACCCACGACAUGGAACACCUCAGCCCCAAGGCACUUCGCGACCGUCGUCGAGGAAUCACCUACGCCGCGUAAGUUCCAAUCUGGGGCCGCAACAACAUCAUGGCACUCCACCGCCUCCGCCGCCUCCACCGAACGGCUUUGCAUACAUCCCCAAUCCCUCGAUGUACCAUCCCAAUGCCAAUCCGAACAUGGCUCAACAACCUCGCCCCGCGCAGUUCGCACACUAUGCCCAUGCGCCACCAGGCCCGCAUCAGGCUAUUCCCCAUGGAAUGCCCGCACACACGAUGCCUCCUCAAACGGUGCCGCCGCAUCAUCAAGCUCCGCAGCAUAUCCCGCAACACCCGCAUCCCCUUGUGCAGCAGGCGCCUGCGAUGGGAAUGUCACAGCCACCUCAUCCGUCGGUCCCUCAAGUGGCUCAAGCGUUCUUGCCCGAACAAGGAAGAAAUUCGAUGCCGCCAGCCUUUCCGUCGGAACAACAACAGCCGCCUCGGCCGGUGUCUUUGCCCGAUGCGACUUCGGCGGAUCAGAUAGUAGGGUCUUUAAAAGUGGAAACAAGCCCUUCGCCUCCACAUCAGCGAUCGCUAUCUUCCAAAUCUCGCAGCAUCUUCACGCCGAUAGACGACCGUGGGUCAGUUUUGGCCCGUCAUUUCGGGCUUGGUCCACCAAUAUGCGACUCCCCACGCAAUGACGGUUCCGAAGCCAAGGGGGAAUCGAAACAAGAAGACGUGAAAGAGCUCAAGGUCCCCAUUGUGCCCUUACCGCCGCCGAGAGCGCCGAUCGAAGUGUCGCGGUCUCAUUCUGCGCCGGAUAUCAAACCGCCGCCGCGGACGAACAGCGGCCCACUGCCGUCGAAGCGCCCCCAGCUCAAAGUGCAAAUUCCAAGCGAGAACUCUGACCGGGGCAGUGCCACCGCAGAUUCAUCGUCGCGUGACUCGGCGGGAAACAAGACUAUCACCCCUGCCAAGGCAAAUCCUGAUACCAAUCAUUCGGGAGUGGUUCUUCCACCGCCGUCACCAUCCGCUGGUGCAAUUCUGAGCGCAGGGGCUCAAGGGCCACCUAAUCCCUUUGCUCGACCCCCGCCUCCGGGAACUACGACCCAGAAUAGCAAUGCAUAUAACAGCAACAACAACAUAGAGACACCUAUAUCCGCUCUUCCCAGUCGAUUUGUGUCUGACGCACUCCUUCCAUCGCCAUCCAGUUUCUUUCCAGAAUGGGGUUUCGGCCGGUCCGGUCCGGAUACCAACAUGCUCCCGAGCCCUCUGACCUUUCCCACACCCGCCGUGCAAAGCGGACCAGGGUUUUCGCGUGACGACGAACAGGACAAGAAACGUAAAAGUCCAGACAGCGGCCCGAGUAUGGAAGGAACGGCGAAAAAGACCAAAACAUGA